ACAAGUGGAGACCGAAGGAAUUUGCAAAAAUAAUAUUACGUAGCGAAAAAAGGCUUUUAUUUAUUAAAUUACCUGGAAAAUCGUGGUAAUUGAAUUACAGUGGCGCAUCCUAGGCCGCUGGUGAGCAGUUUGCGUGGAAAUUCGGGGGAUGCGGUGAGCGCGAGUGGGACGAAAGUGGCCUGAUCGGGAAAUACGCAGCGAAAGAAAAACAGUGCGGGGCGAAAACAUCCGGACACAGAGGGUGGGUGGAAAAAGGAGGCCCAAACUGGCAGCAGUGGCUCCCGGGGAGUGAUUAGCUCGCAGAGUGUCCCCUUCUGGAUGAUGUGAAGGGAAAUUGGGUGGCUCAGAGCUCCCAGCGCAGAGACUUAUCUCCGGCUUUGUUUGGCUCUCCUCUUCCUGGCCUUGUGGGAUCUGUGAGACUGUGCGGUCAGGGGACGGCGUGCAAGAUGCCAGAGAUCUGGGGGACGGUGCGGGAGCCGGAACGCCCAGUGACCAUUUCAUGAUUGCACCCCGCGAGGCCUAGAGCAUCCCCGGCAGUGUAGAGAGAGACUCUGUGUGUCCAGGAAGUUUGUGAUAUGGGUGCCAAAGCGAGUACGGCAAACGGCGGGGAGCACCAGCACCACCACCAGCAGAGCCCCCGCACCAGGACCUUCUCCACGAGCAGCAGCAGCGACGUGGUGAAUGGCGGCGGGGCCGGUUUCAACCUCCUGCGCGCGAUUCCCGGCAUCCAGAUGACCGCCGCCGCCACGUCGCAGGACCGCCAGCGCGCCAGGAGCCUCUCCUCGGUGCCCGACCUGCAGAACGCGGCGGGCGGGCCACGGGACGCCGCCGGCGCCAGCGGGGGCCACGACACCAUCUCCAUCCAGCAGUUCGAGCACCUCAGCCCAGACGACGCGAGCCCCCUCGAGGCUCACGUGGCCAGUGCCCUCACGCUCAAUCGCGUCUUCACGGCCACAUCGCUGCCUUCGCAUUGGUCCCUCAAUGGUACGUACAGAGCAGAUAUAAAAUGUCCUUUUUGCAACAAAUUCGUUUUAUCCGACGAUAUUGAGUGUCAUUUAGUAAUGUGCCUAACAAAGCCUCGCCUAUCUUACAACGAGGACAUAUUGAGUGAUGCCAAAGGGGAAUGUGUGAUCUGCCUGGAUGAUUUGUCUCCUGGCGAUGUGAUAGCCAGACUGCCGUGUCUCUGUGUCUACCAUAAAGGGUGCAUUGACAAGUGGUUUGAGGUGAAUCGAAGCUGUCCGGAACAUCCUGGCGACUGAGUGGUUCACACAACGACAGAUUUUGCCGACCCAUUAACAUUUCAAUGCCAUUUUUAUUUGUUAACGGUGCGAAGGAGUGUGAGAAGAGGUGUCGAUGGGAUGGAAGAGGUGUUAAAUCAAAUCGAGACUGUAUAUAAAAUAGCGAGAGGUGAAGAUGAAUACUAAAGUAACAAUUUUUAGACUAAAUAACAUGUAGAAUAAUUUACACACCGAAAUAAGAGAGAGAUGAGAUGGUGAGAAAUGGAGAAUG